CCCCUCGCACAGCCAAAGCAGGAUUCAAAGGAACAUCUGUUUUCCUCCCAACUUCCCACCACUAUACAAAGGCGAAGCGGGGGGAGAAACAACUCUUAGCGCUCUCCAGCCUGUUUCUGCAGCCUGGUCCCGAAGCCAAGCCUAACUCGGCAGUGUUAUACUGUGCCCUUCCCACACCUCCUUUUGUUGGAAGAGAUGGUGAUGGGCCCGAGCCUUCUGUUGUUGGUCUUCAUGCUGGGGCUGGGGCUGACCCCUCCGACCCUGGCUCAGGAUGACUCCAGGUACAAACGCUUCCUGAUCCAGCACUAUGAUGCCAAACCAAGUGGCCGGAAUGACAGAUACUGUGACAGCAUGAUGAAGAUACGAGGCCUGACCACACCCUGCAAAGACACCAACACCUUUAUUCAUGGCAAAAAGAGAAGCAUCAAGGACAUCUGUGGCAAUAAGAAUGGAAGUCCUUAUGGAGGAACUUUAAGAAUAAGCAGGUCUCCUUUCCAGAUCACCUCUUGCAAGCAUAUAGGGGGGUCUUCCCGACCUCCCUGUCAUUACAGAGCCACAACAGGGUUCCGAAACAUUGUUGUUGCCUGUGAAAAUGGCUUCCCUGUCCACUUUGAUGAAUCAUUUAUCCGUCCAUAACCAGAUCCUUCUCUUGCAAUCUUCCACCACGCCCCAGGUGGCAGACUUUGUUGCUGGGAACCCAGCAAAGGGUCUAUCUGGCUCUUUUGCUUUCUGUUUUUUCAUGUGCCUACUCAAUAAAAAUAUCUC